UCCAAAGCGUCGCCAAGAUGUCAGGCAACUCAAACAGGGAGGCCGUCUUCCCCACUCGAAUGACCCUCAACAACACAAAGGGUCGUCUCAAGGGAGCCCAGACGGGUCACUCUCUCCUAAAGAGAAAAGCCGAUGCUCUUACCAAGCGUUUCCGAACCAUCACUGCAAAGAUCGACGAGGCAAAGAGGAAGAUGGGUAAAGUCAUGCAGAUGGCAAGCUUCUCUCUUGCAGAAGUCAACUAUGCAGUGGGAGAAAUUGGGUACGGUGUGAGGGAGGCAGUGGGUACAAAGGCAAGCUUCAGGGUCAGGGCUAGACAGGAGAAUGUCAGUGGUGUCUUCUUGCCCGCUUUCGAGGUGGAUACAAAGUCAGAUCAAACAAAGGAAUUCCAAUUGGCCGGGCUAUCACGAGGUGGUCAGCAGAUUCAAAAGGCCAGGGAGAUAUACCGCAAGGCAUUGGAGACACUGGUGGAGCUGGCCAGUCUGCAGACUGCCUUUGUGAUUCUGGACGAGGUUAUUCGUAUGACGAACCGUAGGGUGAAUGCCAUCGAGCACGUCAUCAUCCCCAGACUGGAGAACACAAUCAGCUACAUCGUAUCCGAGCUCGAUGAAAUGGACCGUGAGGAGUUCUUCCGGCUGAAGAAGGUCCAAGGCAAGAAGAAGAAGACGGCUGCCGAGGAAGAGAACAAGAAGCGAACGCUUGCCAUGCAGGGCGAUCUCGACGAGGAUGAGGAGGAGGACGAGGAGGCAGAGGGUGGGAAGAAAGGAGAUGGCAAGACUGUUGCAACAGGGCGACAAAAAGAAGAUGGGGAGGGGGGGAGCAGCACGUCAGUCUGA